AGUUAUUUGGUUAAGUAAUGACUUACGGAGUUGAGAGGUGUGUGUGGUUCCAGAUUUUGGUCUGACUGACUCUAAGAUGUCAACAGAGACAGUCGCAAGGAGCUGAAAUGUGCUGAAGAUAAUGUGCUCUGCAGAGAAAUAUGUCUUCCAUGCAUUUAAAAUGUGAUUGGUAAAUCAUCUCAAUCGUUUUUCUAUUACAGUGUGCCGUGUUAUGAUUCAAGCUCUAUAAUAAAUUCAUUAGUUUGUUAUGAAUGCUGCAUACUCAGCUGGAGGAGAUACUGUAGUGACCUACUAACACUGGUUGUGUUCUUAUUAAUCCUGAUUGGUGAUGAAUUUUACAUUAAAAGCUGUUCCUAACUAACUUUGAAGGCCUCUGGGUACAGGUCAGCCACUGACAGGCAGAGGAACCUUGAGAGUCUCUGAAAGCCGAGGGACAAGUACAUGUAUGCUGACGUCUCAAGUUCCCAAUUUGUGUGUGUGUGAGAGUGAGUGUGUGAAUCCAAACAGGGGAUAUCCAAUACAGGAUAAAAUUAGGCCAGCCAGGCCUUAUAUUGCUGACGGAGCUGGGGUGGCCAAAAAAAGCCUGGAGUGCAAGCCAACAAGCUCAAGAAAGAGAGGAGAGCAAGCUGGACUGCCGCUGAAAUGGCCACCAAACUUGUAGAUCUGGUGUAUUGGCGGAAAGUGAGGAAGACUGGUGUGGUGUUUACGGGGCUGGUGAUUGGUCUGGCCAGUAUGUUCCAGCUCAGUGCCAUCACCGUGAUCUCCCACAUCUGUCUGGGUGUCAUGUGUGUCACCUUCCCCCUCCGCCUCUACUAUAAGCUGCUGGAGCUGCUGCGCUGGAACCCCAGGGGGGAGCACCCCUUCCAGUCCCAUCUGGAUUACGACAGCUCUCUGACAGAUAAGGAGACAGUGAUGCUGGUGGAGGAGACGGUGUUACUGGUCGCGUUUGCUGUCACAGAAAUCAAACGCCUUCUUUUCAUCGACAGCAUGAUUGACUCUAUUAAGUUUGUUGUGCUUCUGUAUCUGUUGACCUACGUCGGUAUCAUAGCCAACGGACUGACUCUGCUGAUAGCUGCCGUGAUCACUGUUUUUUCCUUUCCUCUGUUGUACAAAAAACAGCAGCUGCGGAUGAGGAGGUUUGUUAGAGCGGUGAAAGCUUUUGUAAAGAAAAUCAGAAACAUGUUUUUCAGUAUGUAUGAUACAGUGAGUCCCUCACCUGCCCCCGCCCCUGCACCCGCGCCUGCCCCCAAACACAAAGUGAAGUCAAAGUAACACGUCGGUGGCAUGUUGAAAGCACCCAGGAUUUGGGAUUUGGAAAAUGUUGGAAUGGUAUGCUACAUCCUCUGUGGGGCCGCUGAAGGGGCCACUCAUUUCCAUUUGUCCGCCAUGAUGUUUGUUUACGGGAGCAAGAUUUAAUCGACCCUGACAGCUGAAACAAAGCUGCUAUUCACUCAUGAGGAGGGAGGGGAGCUGUAUGAGGAGAGGAAUUUUAUUUACUGAGAUGCUUUCUGUGGGCAGCGUUUAAUAUAACCGGUUCACACAUCUACUCCGAGCAGGGACAACACAGAAGAUCACUGUGUUUUUGGCGGCAACAGGUCUGUUUUUUUACACAAGUAGCGAUUGCCGUGUUCCUGUUGAGCUGCAGAAUCAUUCAUAACGAAGCAAUGAAGCAUUAUUGCUGCUUUCAUUAUUUAGCAUCAUUUAAUGUCAGCUUGGUAGAAUAAAACUGACAUGAACAUCACCAGCCAUUAAUUAACAUUAAUAGCUUUGUGCUUGCCAUGUUGAUGUAUUAGUAUUAGCUUUCUCUUAAGCAACUCCUUACAACUUAAAUGAGACUUAUAUAAGAAAUAAUGAGAGCUGAUUGUCCUCUGCUCUUCAUGUAAAUUGUGUUUAAUCAGGUUCAAACUGUGACUCCCUGCUUCUCUUGGGGUAGUCUGCUGAUUAAAGGUAGA